UCUAGCUCAAAAUAUGGCAAAAUUUAGGCCAUGGUCAUGGGCGGUGGUGGGCUUACUGGCUGUGGUUGUUUUGACCGGAUGGAACGUGAAAAUGGGGGACGCCGCUGGCGUGAGUGCGGCCCAGUGUGAGGAGGAGAAGCGACUGGGAAUCAACGCGUGCAAACCGAUAUUGUUCGGAACACCGCCGACGGCGGAGUGCUGCCAACGCAUAAGGGUGUCACACGUCGAGUGUGUAUGCCCUCUCAUUACUCCGAAAAUCGCUCCUCUUGUUGAUGUUAAACGAUUUGUUCGGAUCAUCCAAGGUUGUGGAAGAAAAGUUCCUCGUAACUACAAAUGUGGAAGUAUCACUUCUCCGCCUUGAAGAGACAGAGAAAACAGAAUAAUAUAUAAUAGAUAAUUAAAGAAUAAAUUGUUUGUUACUAUUGCAAGUUAAACAAUUUGUGUAUCGUUACUAUUUUGCAUGUUUAAUGUAAGGUAUUUGGAAAUAAUCUGUUUUAGUUUAGAUAAAAGAAUUGGUUUACUU